AUGUCGUCGACGCGCCGCCUACUCACGCUCUUGCCCCAGCUGGGCCGUGCUGGCGCGCUUCGUGCGUCUGAGCACGCAUCCGCGACCGGCUCGCUACUGUUCACACGCGGAUUUGCCGAUGAUGCUAACCUGAAGAAGACAGUGCUGUAUGACUUCCAUGUAGCCAAUGGAGGCAAGAUGGUGCCCUUCGCCGGCUGGUCGAUGCCGAUCCAGUACAAGGACAGCAUCAUGGAAUCCACAAUUUUUUGCCGAAAGAAUGCAUCUCUUUUUGACGUGUCCCACAUGUGUGGGCUCACGCUCAAGGGCAAAGACGCGAUCAAGUUCCUUGAGGGCCUUGUGGUGGGCGACAUCGCUGGGCUCAAGGAUGGCACCGGCUCGCUCUCGGUGUUCACCAACGAGCAGGGCGGCAUCAUCGACGACACCGUCAUCACCAAGGUCAAUGGCCAGGAGAUCUACGUGGUGGUGAAUGCGGGCUGCCGGGAUAAGGACUUGGCGCACCUGGACAAGCACCUGCAGGCGGCCAAGUCCAAGGGCCUGGACGUGGCCCUGACGGUCCACGACGACCGGAGUCUGCUCGCCCUGCAGGGCCCGGCUGCCAAGGACGUGCUGGGCGCCCUGGCUCCAGGGGUGGAUCUGGCCGCCAUGUACUUCAGCGACUUCAGGACGUUCGACGUGGCGGGUAUCCCCUGCUGGGUUACACGCACGGGCUACACGGGCGAGGACGGGUUUGAGAUCAGUGUGCCCUCCACUCACGCGGUGGCGCUGGCGGAGAAGCUCACCGCCAGCGAGCGAGUGCGGCUUGCGGGUCUGGGCCCACGUGACUCUCUGCGUUUGGAAGCGGGUUUGUGCCUGUACGGCAAUGACCUGAACGAGUCUCUGACGCCCGUGGAGGCGGGGCUGGCGUGGACCAUCGGCAAGCGGCGGCGGGAGGGCUUCGACUUCCUGGGGGGUGACGUCAUCAAGAAACAGCUGGCAGAGGGAGUCAGUAAGCGGCGUGUGGGUUUCGUGAGCAGCGGCGCCCCCGCCCGGCAGCACAGCGUCAUCAGCACACCGGACGGUCAGGUGGUGGGCGAGGUGACCAGCGGGGCCUUCAGUCCCUGCCUCAAGAAGAACAUCGCCAUGGGGUAUGUGGAGAAGGACUUCUCCAAGCCUGGCACUCAGCUCAAGGUGGAGGUGCGCGGCAAGCAAAAUGAAGCCGUCGUCACGAAGAUGCCCUUCUUGCCCACGCCCUACUACAAGCGCCCUGAAGCCGCCAAGAAGUAA